AUGGGGCGCGCCGACGAAGAAGACAAGGCCGCCCUCUCCCCCGGCGGGGACGACGCCGCCGACCUCUCCCCCGACGACUCGCCGUGGAGCGAUAGCGCCUGGUCCGAGGACGACGACGACGACGAGGCAUCGCUGUCGUUCGAGGACAGCGGCGAGGGCUCUGGCUCCGACGCCGACUCCGACGGCCUGGAGGAGGAGGAUGAUGCCGCGGCGGAAGAGAGCGACUCCUCCGAGGACGAGGUUGCGCCGCGGAACACCGUCGGGGACGUGCCGCUUAAGUGGUACAAGGACGAGGAGCACAUCGGGUACGACAUCUCCGGGAGGAAGAUCAAGAAGCGGGACAGGGAGGGCAAAAUCGACAGCUUCCUCAGCAGCAAAGAUAAUGAUGAUGACUGGUUAAAGAUUUGGGAUGACUAUAAUGCCGAGGAGGUGAAGAUUACCAAGGAAGAAGCUAAGAUAAUUAGUAGAAUGAUGAAGGGGAAGACUCCACAUGCCAAUGUUGAUCCAUAUCCAGAUUAUGUUGACUGGUUUGAAUAUGCUGAUAAAGGCCAUCCACUUUCUAACGCUCCUGAGCCAAAGAGGCGAUUUGUGCCCUCAAAAUGGGAGCAAAAGAAGGUUGUUAAACUUGUUAGAGCCAUUCGUAAAGGAUGGAUCAAGUUUGACAAGCCAAAGGAUGAGCCAAACUAUUAUCUCUUGUGGGGAGAUGACACUGAUACAGCAGACAAUAAGCGGCAAGGCUUGAGCUACAUUCCUGCACCUAAACCAAAUUUGCCAGGUCAUGAAGAGUCGUAUAAUCCUUCUGUUGAAUAUAUUCCCACACAAGAGGAGAUAGAUAACUACCAGCUUAUGUAUGAGGAGGACAGGCCAAAAUUCAUCCCACGACGAUUUGAAUCUCUUAGAAGUGUACCUGCCUACGAGAAGGCACUUAGGGAAGGAUUUGAUCGGUGCCUAGAUCUUUAUCUAUGUCCUAGAACUCGCAAGAAGCGUAUAAACAUUGAUCCUGAGUCGCUCAAGCCAAAGUUACCCAGUAAAAAGGAUCUGAGGCCAUAUCCACGAACUUGUUACCUUGAGUUCAAGGGCCAUGGUGGUCCAGUGACGUCACUGUCAGUUGAAGCAACAGGGCAGUGGAUAGCAUCAGGUUCAUCUGAUGGAACAAUUCGUGUUUGGGAGGUUGAAACUGGUCGCUGUCUUAAGGUUUUCAAUGUUGGUGCUGAUGUCCAUCAUAUUUCGUGGAAUCCUUCACCUGAGAGGCCCAUUCUGGCUGCUAUUGUGUAUGCCUUCGCCAUUCACAAUGGCCGUGAUCUUCUGCUUCUUAACGCUGAGGUGGGGGAUGAGGAAACACAAGUGAGGACAAAGCAGCUCCUCCAUGUCGAGGAACCGACCCCUGAAGAUGAUGGUGAUAAGAAACCAGCUGUGAGGUGGGUGAAGAAUGACAAAUUUGACGGAAUCACAUUGAUUCAUCAUAGGCUCUCCAAGAAGCAUUCUCACCAUCCUUUCCGUAAAUUGCCGGGACUCCCUGUUGCAGCAGUAUUCCAUCCAACUCAAAAGAUGUUCUUUGUUGCCACUAAGAAGUUUGUUCAGGUUUAUGAUCUCCAAAAGGCAGAGGUAGUCAAGAAGCUGGAGUCAGGUCUUCGUGAGAUUUCCUCUAUCUCUAUCCACCCUGGUGGCGAUAAUGUUAUUGUGGGAAGUAAAGAUGGUAAAUUGUGCUGGUUUGACACUGAUCUGUCUACAAGGCCGUACAAGAUGUUAAAGAACCACUCGAAGGAUAUAACCAGUGUUACUUUCCACCGGAGAUACCCUCUUUUUGCCUCAUCGUCGGAGGAUUGUACAGCCCAUGUGUUCCAUGGGAUGGUUUAUGCUGAUCUCAACCAGAACCCACUUAUUGUGCCAUUGGAGAUUCUUCGUGGCCAUUUGAGUUCAGAUAGAAGAGACAUUUCGAUCAAAACAGAUAUAUGUCAGUGGUUAAACUCUGUUUACAUCGUUAUGUUUUUCACUGGAAGAAUGCAAGUCAUAUACUUUGCUUUGAACCUUGCAUUCUGGAGUCCUCGAAUCCAUAUGAUGAGUUUUGGAUUGCAAAUUCCACCCAAGACAACCGUGCUUCUUUGGCUCUGUGCUGAGCCAUGCUGUAGUGUUGUCCACCCUGUUGGUUGGCUUCGAAGGCGCUCUUCAAAUUUACCCAAAGAAAUGCAGGUGGGCUUGAAAAAUCUGUUCCUGGUGGACGCCUCGCCAGAGAAGCUGCGGCGCUCACCGGCAGUGCCUGAGGUCACGCGGGGUGGGGGGAGGGGAGGAUCAAACAAGGAGCCAGGGAGGGAGGUCGAGUGGUGA